GCACGCAUCACCUAGAGCAACCUCAAGCACCUUAACUUCGUAGGUUUUCUUCUACCGAUUUCUUCAAUUUCUUCCUUGCUGAUUUUCCUAGCUCCACCGCUGUUUCGCCACUUCCGCCGCUGCAGUUAGGAUUCCUGUUUUUCUUCCCGUCGUCAUUCUUUCCCUUGUCAUCCGCCUUGCUAUUUCAACAUCACUUUCCUUGGAACGAGAUGGGCGGUCCUCACAUCGUCCUAGCAUCGCCGCAUCCUCGUUAGGCAUAGGAAUAGGACGGUAGGGCAGCGGAGAACCACCCUAACAACCUCCCCCUGUGGUUCGCUAGCUGUCCCACUUGGAUGCUCCCGUGGUCACCAUGUGACCUAAUUUCGUCAUCAUCUCUUGUCCGCGUUCUUCAUUUGGGAUUGUGGCCUUCAUUAUUGCCCCGCUACUCCCCUGCAAGUUCUUGAAGGAGACGAGAUACAUGACGGAGCCCACCAUAGAUUGAUUCAUCCCAAGGAAGAGAGAUGCUCUUGGGAUCUUCUUCACUUGGAACACUGCUGCAAGGGACCGGUCAACGCUUCUUCAACUGUGACUGGCUCGGAGGGCAGGUUGUAUGCCUUCCUCCUCUCCUUGGAGACAAGUGCGGUUGCCGACAUUGUGAGUAGAAGGUGAGUAUGAACAUCCUUCCAUGGUGUCAUGAGGAUUUGGGCAUACCGGGGAGUGGGUUUCUUUACCCGUUUCCCUCUGCCCAAUUCUUCCUUCCUCUUUUCAGCUCCACCCAUUUGGGCUACAGCUCCAUUGUUUAGCCCUUGCUCCACUGAGUCUUCAUCAAGUUCCCGUCCGAUGAGAAUAGCGCCUUCCUCAAGUAGGCCUUCAAUUUCUGCUGCUGCCUUGUCAUUGCUUUUUGAAUUGAUCAGCUUCCACGGGUUGGUGUGGUCCGAGCUUGUAGCGUCGUCCACUUCUUCCUCUCCAUCAUGCCCAUGCUGAUUUUCUGCUUCAUCUUGGUCAGCACUCUCUCCCUGGAUCCCACCAGUUCUUUCCUUUUCCUGGUUGCGCUCCCUUUCAUCCUCUGGUUCCUUGGGUGGUGCUGGCUGCUCCGGGACCUCCCACACCCAAUCCA